CCGGAUUGCUUGCUAUGCGUAGUGAAAAUCGGAGCUGAAAUAUAUCUACUUGUUUCAUUACAGUGUUUUGCUUUCGCCGUCAUCGCUUAUGGUCGACGGUUAUUUACAAUUUUUAACUUUCCGACAUGUCUUCUAUGCCGAACGGGAGUUUUCUGUGUGGAGUUGUUGAAGGAUUUUAUGGUCGUCCAUGGAGUACAGAUCAGAGGAUUAGACUGUUUCAGCUCCAGAGUAAGUUAAAUUUGAAGCAUUACAUGUAUGCUCCAAAAGAUGAUUCCAAACAUCGUGCCUGCUGGAGGGAUAUGUAUUCAGUUGAAGAAGCUGACCACCUUACAUCACUGAUUUCCGCUGCCAAGGAAAACAAUGUGCAAUUCAUAUAUGCUCUGUCACCCGGUCUGGAUAUCACGUUUUCCAGUGUUAAAGAAGUUACCUGCCUAAAAAGGAAAUUAGAACAGGUGAAAGAUUUUGGAUGUGAAGUUUUUGCUUUGUUGUUUGAUGACAUAGAGACUGAUAUGUGUACAGCAGACAAAGAAAUCUUCCAAUCAUUUGCCCAUGCUCAAGUUUCAGUUACAAAUGAAGUGUACCAGCAUCUCGGACAACCAACAUUUUUAUUUUGUCCCACAGAAUACUGUGGAACCAGAGCUGUCCCUGAUGUUGCAAAUUCUGAAUACUUAACUACCAUUGGUAAUAAACUUCUCUCCCAGAUUCAUGUACUAUGGACAGGACCGAAGGUAGUGUCUAAGUUUAUUAGUGCAGAGUCUAUAGUGGAGCUGAAAAAAGUGUUGAAAAGACCACCAGUGAUCUGGGAUAACAUUCAUGCAAAUGAUUAUGACCAAAAAAGGUUGUUUUUAGGUCCUUACUGUGGACGUUCCACAGAACUUAUACCUCACCUGAGUGGAAUUCUCACAAAUCCAAAUUGUGAAUAUGAAGCAAAUUUUAUUCCUAUCCACACUCUCGCUACAUGGUGUAGUUUUGCGCACAAUCAAGAUGGCAGAAAAGAAGUAUUCAAUGAAUUGUGCAAUGCAACCAUUAAUGCAGACAUAAAAUUAGAAAGAGAAGGAGAAUCAAGUAAUUGUUUAUCACCACGACAUGGUAGUUAUGACCCACAGCUUGCUCUGAAAAUAGCUAUAAAAGAUUGGCUACAUGAAUUUACACAGUCACGUAGUUCAACUGGCAAGGCAGAAUCCAAAACUUUUAGUAUGGCACCUUCUCCGGAAUCACAAUUACCUGCCACCGGAGUGAGUACAUGCAUGUCUGUUACACCUACAACAGACUCCCUUAACCCUAGUCCAUCUGUAUCUACACAACUUAUGACAGAAGCACAAAAUGCUCUGAGGACUUUAGAAGUUAUGAGUGUGGAAGAUGCCUCUGUUGAUGAGGAAGAAAAAGUUGAACCAAUGGACAUUACUGCUGAUGGAUCAACUAUGAAAGGAUCGGAAAAUGUACAUGUGCCUACAAAAAUAAGCAGUGUAAUGAUGACCAAUUGUUCUACAACAGUCAACAAAGUGUCUGAUAUUCCAAUGCAGUUAAGUAGUAAUGCUGCAGAAAAACCUAACUAUGCUGAAAAAAUUCAAGCUGAAUUGAUUAGUUCAAAUGAAACUGCUGAACCCCAAAGAAAUUCUAUGUUCUUGGAGAUACCAACAUUUGAGGACAUUGAAUUGCUGGUGGAUACAUUUUUCUUGCCAUAUGAACAUGGUCUUAGAGCUGUUUAUAUGUUAGAAGAGUUGCAUUGGUUGAAGACGCAUGCAUUUUGUGUGACAGAGUCAAAGCAUUCUAAACACCCACCUCCAAUGGCAGUGGAAUGGGGUGACCGUGCAUGCAUGUUUGCCAACUCGUGCCAAGCAGUUAAUAGGCUGUUCCAGAGAUUGACCAACAUACCAAAUCGAUCACUUCUUUAUGAGCUUUAUCCAUAUGUAUGGGACAUGAAAGGAGUUGUUUCUCUGCUUCACUCCUUUGUAAAGUGGCUAGUGAUGGGACAGGUACCACAAAUAUCCUGCGACUUCAUGCAAGCCACCUUGACAUGGUGUACCAAGGGCUACAAAGAAAUAUUCAUGAGUGGUGAUCUUGAACCAUGGGUUUUCCGUGGUGGUCUCACAGCUGAGCUUCAACGCAUGCUCCCAAUAGAUGGAGCUGCCGAUCUUUUUGUUCAGAAACCUCCAGAAAAAUUGAGCAGCAAAGUCUAUACAAUCAGACCAUAUUUGCCCAAGGAUGAGGUUGAAGUGUACAAAGUUUGUAGACUUACUUGUGAUGAUGGCUCAGAUGGAACGGAUAUCUUUCCUGAUCAUCCAAACCUUAUUGGUGACAAGUUAGUUGGUGGACUUAUCACUCUCAGUCCAGAGUAUUGUUUUGUAUUGGAGGAUGAAAAUGGUAUCUGUGGCUAUGUUCUUGGAGCUUUGAAUGCUAAAAAGUACUACGACCUGUAUGAUAUGGCUUGGAUGUUGGAAAUGUGUUCCAAAUACCCCAAACCAAAAUCUAAAAAUCUCACCCCAGCAGAGGAGGUUUUUCUAAGUUUUCAUGAAUACAAAAUUUAUCUUCCUAAUAAUCUACAUCAAAAAUAUCCCUCGCUGCUAAAAAUGGAUAUUCUACCGAGUGUUGAAGAUACAAGUGUUGUAAAGAAUAUGUUGGCUUGUAUUCUAUCUGCACUUAAAGCUAAUGGAUCCUAUGGUGCAUUUGUAGAGGUUGGUGUUGGCAACAAAACAAUGUUGGACUUUUACACUAAGCUGGGAUUUUUAGAAGUGCCAAUGUUGGAUGAAAUCUCAGAUGAAGUAAUCAUACUUGGAAGAGCAAUGUAACAGACCAGUUGUAACCAACAACAGAGCAAUGGAAGAACAAGCAAUACAUCUGCUGUCUGCUGCAUCUUGAAAGCUUGUGUCUACCGUUGUAGUAUUUACGAUUUUCCUGAAUUAUCCAGUCUCUUGCAUGGACAGUCAAUUGGUGUUUCAGGAUGUACUUCCCUUAUGUGAACCACUUUCAAAUUUGUAAACGUUUCAUAUUUCUUAACGUUAUUCUUAUAUUUGUAAUUCAGUUUUAAUGAUGCAUGCUCAACUUUACUGAGAAAGACAAAUCCAAUCAUGAAGAAAAAAGUUGUGCUGUUUUGAUAAAUGGAUUUCAGUUCGAAUACGUUUAAACCUAUAGAUAAGUAAAAAAAAUAUAACGUCCGUAUCUGCAACAUUGCAAAUCAUGAACCACAACUUUUGAAACCAAAUCUGUCAAAUGCAGUCGAUAUAACUUAUAAAAAGAAUAGUUUAUUGUCCAACUUGUAUUACAUUGUUUAUAAAAGAUGUUAUAUCUA